AUGACUUCAAACGCCUUUUCCGAUUAUAUCCUUGUCACUGGUGGUGCUGGCUACAUUGGAUCGCACACAGUCAUUGAGCUCAUCAAUAAUGGCUACAAGGUGAUUAUCGUGGAGAAUCUUGUCAACUCAACUGCUACUGCUGUUUUGAGAAUGGAAAAGUUGACAGGCAAGUCAAUUCCUUUCUACAACGUGGAUCUCAGAGAUAAGGCAGCACUUGCUGAGAUUUUCGACCAGUUCCAUAUUGUUGGAGUCAUCCAUGUUGCCUCACUCAAGGCUGUUGGAGAAUCCACACAGAAACCUUUAGAUUACUACGACAAUAACGUCGGAGGAACAAUUUCUCUUCUCUCCGUGAUGAAGGAUUUUGAUGUGAAAACCUUGGUGUUCAGUUCUUCGGCUACAGUGUAUGGUGAUGCCACUAGAUUUGAGAACAUGAUUCCGAUUCCGGAAACGUGUCCUAGAAGUCCCAUUAACCCGUACGGACAAACUAAGUUUGUCAUUGAAUCCAUGAUCGAAGACUUGUGCAACUCCGAUCACACUUGGAGAGCCGCCAUUUUGAGAUACUUCAAUCCUAUUGGAGCACAUCCAUCUGGUGAGAUCGGUGAGGAUCCACGAGGCAUUCCCAACAAUUUACUACCAUAUUUGGCACAGGUAGCAACCGGAAAACGGGAGAAAUUGUCUGUUUUCGGAAAUGACUUCGACAGUCCCGAUGGAACGCCAAUUCGUGACUACAUACAUGUGGUGGAUUUGGCUAAGGGCCACAUCUCAGCAUUAGAGUACUUGGAUUCAAUUGAUCCCGACAAAGGACUUUAUCGAGAGUGGAAUCUUGGAACAGGUAAGGGUUUUACUGUGUUUGAGGUCUACAAAGCCUUCUGUGGAGUCGUGGGAAGAGAAUUGCCUUAUGAGGUUGUGGAAAGACGCAGUGGGGAUGUGUUGAACUUGACUGCUCAUCCUGGGCGGGCCAAUAGUGAGCUUAAGUGGACAGCAUCCAUGAGCAUUGAUGAAGGUUGUCGGGAUUUGUGGAAUUGGAUGGUAAAAAGCGGAAAGGUAGAUAGGUAG